AUACCCUCAAAAGAGAGCUAUUACGUACUUUGGAGUACCUUGGAAAUAUGGGUACCGUGGUGUGAGAUUACAUAUAAAUGUGUUUCUGUCUAGAGGGAAGAAAAGUGUUUGUCACAAGAGCUGGGAGAAGCCUACGCCAAGCUUAUGAAUGAAAUCUCAGGGCAGGAGCCUUGGUCUAAAUGGGUCCGGUUAUGCCUCCCAGUAAGAAACCGGAAAGUUCCGGGGUCAGCGUCGCGAACGGCCUGAGCCAGUUCUAUCAGGCGAGCUCCAUCACGCGCGCCCUGCAGGAGGCCGAGGAGAUGGACCUGGCUCUUCCCACCAUCAAACUGGAAAAGGGCAGCAUGGAGGACGAGGAGCUCACCAACCUCAACUGGCUCCACGAGAGCAAGAACCUGCUCAACAGCUUCGGGGACCCCGUGUUGAGGAGCGUCAGUCCCGUCCAGGACUUGGACGAUGACACCCCUCCCUCCCCCGCCCACUCGGACCUCCCUUACGACGCCAAGCAAAACCCGAACUGCAAACCCCCUUAUUCCUUCAGCUGCCUCAUCUUCAUGGCCAUAGAAGAUGCCCCCUCCAAGAGACUGCCAGUUAAAGACAUAUACAACUGGAUCCUGGAACACUUCCCUUACUUUGCCAACGCCCCCACGGGGUGGAAGAACUCAGUCAGGCACAAUCUGUCCCUCAAUAAGUGUUUUAAGAAAGUGGACAAGGACAGGAGUCAGUCUUCAGAAAGUCUUAAAGAAGACUGAAGGAGAGAGUGAGAGUUGGAUGGGGCGAUGUGUUGGACUCGUCUCAGUGAAUAGGUCCAACAACAGCCAAGCCUCCCCCUCCCCAAACACCCUCAUUAUGAAUGACCUUUCAUGCCCUUCCUAAUGCACCGAGAGCCUCUGAAGGAUUCAGCCAAUAUGAACGGAGGUCAUCGUUUCUCAGCCAAUCACAGAGCGAGCUUACCGCUUCUCUGCUCCUUCAUGUGAUUUAAGCCGCAGAGCCUCAGAAGAGAUGACGACUCUGGGGCCGCAGCCAUUAGCAGCUGAUGACUGCUGGGAUUUGGAGACCAAAGCAAUGAUGUCCUUUUGGACACCUUGAUUUAUCCAUGUUUCAAAACGGUCGAUGUCUGCAUUUAUAUAGAUCACCUUACCGACAGAGCAUUUACACACUCACUUUAGGUAGUCCGAUGUGCUGCUGAAGCGAAUUGGUUUUCUUCAGAAACAGAAGUGGUUUUUUUUCAUCUAUUUUUUCUAUUUUUACUUUUACCGUGAAAGAACAGUAAUUAACUGGAUUUUCUAAAAUAAAUGUAAUUGGCGCAUAUGCUAAUAUGUAUGCUAUAUAUAUGAAAUGUCUUAGGUCCCUCUUUACACUGUUUUUUUUCUCCUUCGUUUGUUUGGUCUAAUUGGUCUAAAAAC